AUGAAAUUUAGUAUGUAGGUACAUCAUGGGACACCGGUCACUCUCGUAACCUCACUUUCACUUUAUGUAUGUACAUCAUGGGACACCGGUCACUCUCCUAGGGCCACACUAAAAUACGCCAUAGGGAAAUAUACGCCAUAGGUACGCCAUAGGAGUUUUUCGCACGCCAUAGCAAAAUGUAACCGAUAUAUACACAAAAUAACUUGUUUUUUUCAUUGAUAUACCUAUUUUACAGGUUCUGAUAAAGUUUCAUUUCAAACAAAUGUGUACUUUGUAAGAAAAUCGGUCUUAUUUGCGUAGUCAGUUUCAAGCACUAUACGCCAUACGUGUUUAUGCACGCCAUAGCAAAGUUCAAGGGUUGUUUCUGCAAAAUCAAAGAAUUUUUCACAUUGUAUGUGUAUUAUACAUGAUUUAGUAAAGAUUCAUGAAAUAAAAAUGUGUACUUUGUAAGAAAAUCGGUCUUAUUUGCGUAGUCAGUUUCAAGCACUUUACACUACUAGAUCCUCUACAGUACGCCAUACGUGUUUAUGCACGCCAUAGCAAAGUUCAAGGGUUGUUUCUGCAAAAUCAAUGAAUGUUUCACAUUGUAUGUGUAUUAUACAUGAUUUAGUAAAUAUUCGUGAAAUAAAAAUGUGUAUUUUGUAAGAAAAUUGAUGUUUUUGUCUAUCGCAAUUUCAGGUCGAUUUCAAGGGAAGUAACUCUUGCAAAAUGAUUAGAAGGACACUAUUAAUUGGUAUAUAUAUGAAACCAAAGAUAUAUGUUGACAUCUCUGAAAUGAUAUAUAUAUUAUAUAUAUAUAUAAAUUAUGUAAUUUAAUACAGAAAAUAUUCUGAAAAGAUUUCAACUAUUAUGAUUAUGUUGCUCAUCAUUAUUUUUCAUGUCUCCCCUUUAUGAAAUUGUGUGUAAGUGAGUGUGAAAGGUGUGCUGUUUAGACUAUGUAUAAUUAUUAUACCUAUCUGCAACCGGUCUAUGGAAAAGACUUAUAUAGGGUAAUCCUGUUGUCUGAUCCUAUUAUUUCAUAUAUAUAAAUAUUUCAAAUAAAACUUAACAAAUUAUAAUAAUAUAUAUAAAUAACAUUUAAAUUUCUAAUAUAAUUAUGUUUAUUGAUUGUAUGUAUAUUGAACAUGUAUUUGUAUAUAUUUGGAAUAAUAAAAUAAUUUUUGAAUUGAAAUGGAAGCAUGUAUUGUACAGACAUUAUUACACUACACCAGAGACACAUAUAUAUAUACAUCUGUAUAUAUGUCUCUGACUACACAUAAUAUCAUACAUGUAUUAAAACAACUUCAAUUUCAAAAGGAAUCACACAAUAAAAGUUUUAUUUUCAACAUUUUAUUUUGUGUGUUUUUUUUUGUUUUUUUUUUUUCAUUGAUUUCAUAAAAUCUUUUAAUGUAUACAACUUAUUAAAUAGUGACACACUUAAAGUAUGCAUGUUUCAUAACAUUGUAACAAUUUUUCCACUGGCAGCAAUGUUUCCAUCAUCAAGGUACACUAGUAUUUGUUGUUACAAGAAUACUGAACACUUUUCAUUACCUUUACCUGUACAGUUAACAUCAGUCCAAAUACUUAAUUCAUGUGUUAAUGAACUUAGUGAUUCAAUGCUGUUCACAUAUACACAUAAUCCCAAACCAUUAAACAAUUUGUGAACAGUGUUUUUCAUUAUUAAUGAGAGUGGUCAAAUAAUGUGUUGUUUACUUAAUGAAUUAAUAUUUUCUAAUAAGUGUUCACAAUUACAUCACAUUGAAUAGUGUGUAAACAUAGAUACUCAUAAACAGGUUGAUGAAGGAUGUUGAUAAAUGAACUUAAAAUCAGGACAUUCCAUGAGCAAUUAAAGAAAAUAAGUUAUUAAAGGUAAUUAAGCUGUCCCUGCAUUGUGUCAGAUGGUAUAAAUAAGACCCUUUUCAAUUUCUGUUCAUUCUAUUACCUUCCCCCUACAAAGAAACAUUCAUACUCAUCUAUUACCCAGCAAUGGCCAAGUUUGCAGUAUUUGGGAGCAGCUAUGUUACUCGUCUUGAGAGAUAUUGUCAUGGUGAUCUUAAGGUUCCUGGCACCGUCAGAUUCUUCGGGAAGGGUGGCAUGCGUUCUGAUUCGAUUCCAAGAAAACUACUUAGAGACCUGAUAGAGUACAACCCUGAUGUUGUAUUCAUCCAACUAGGAGGAAAUGACAUCUCAGCGACAUCAUCCCCCAACGACAUUUUCCAGAGACUUCUGACACUGCAGGUGGACCUACAUCAUGCUGGAACUCAGGAGGUGUACUUUACAGAGAUUGUGCGACGUGGUAACUUUGACAAGUCUCCAGGCCUGACAGCGACGUCUUUUGAGAAACAACGGAAGAAGAUAAAUCGACUACUGCUGACUAGACUGAGAUACAUCAAGAUUAGGAUCUUUCCAGAGGACUAUGACCGUGACCAAGUGCAUUUCAACGACUCAGGACUCAGGACCCAGUUCCAUACCUUGAGACGACCAUUUUUUGCAUAAUUGAUUGAAAUUGAUAAACACCUUUUAUUAUGUCAUGUUACGCUUUGUAAUUUAUAAUAUGUUUCAAGCAUUUAAUCUUAAAAAUGAUUGAUUUAUUGAUAAUGGGUAAUAGAGACAAUGUUAUAAUACAUAUACUUUAAGUG